AUGUUAAUGUUGUCCAAUAAUUAAAAUCAAAAUACAUUUUUCUACUUUUGUUUCCAGUUUCCACGGAAGGUUUUCUCUAUCUGUCUCUGUUGCUCGCUUUGAAGCAAAAGCUGUGUCUCAUUCUUUUUGAAUUUUGGUUCUGAGAUCUUCAGCUUCACUUUCAGCUUCUGGGAACCUCUCAAAAUCUCUGCUUUCUUUGAUUUUCAAUUGAAUUGGAUUGAGUGUCACUCUUGUGCUUUCAAUUGACUGCCUCAGCUUCCUGAAUUUGCCACCACUGUGUGCUGUUAUUGAGAAUACCAGAACUUUUGACUUGACUAGUCAACAGCCAGAGCAAAGGACAAGCAUUCAGAAGAUAUAGUAACCCUUCAGAAAUGGGCUGUGUGGUGUCAACUCCGAAAGAUUCUGGUGGAAAUAGAAGGAAGCCAGGGAGUAUUGGUGAAGUUUCAGUUUAUGUUCCUGGUCUGAGAAUUCCUAAACCUGUUGAUUUUGCUCAAUUGCUUGGUGAUUAUUUGUCCAAGAAUAUAGUGGAACGCCUUUCAGCUCUUAGAACACGUAUAGUUGUAAUGGCCGGUCAAGAGGGUCCUACAAUUACAAGAACAAAAAGAAAAACUCAGCAUGGAGGUUCAACACUGGCUGAUCUUCUGCAGGCUCUUGAAGAUUACUUGCCUGUUCUUUUGGGAUUAGUUAAGGAUGGAAGCCAUUUACAAUACAAAGUACAAUUUGUUUGGGUGAAUCAAGAGGAUGACAAAGAGGAAACAUCCAUGUCUAACGCUUGGUAUGAGGUGUUGUCAGUUUUGCAUUUGAUGGCAAUGCUAUCAUUAUCACAGGCUAACUUGUUACUGCUUCCAAGAUCAUCCUCCAAUGAUGGUCAUCAGCCAAAAGUAUCAGAAGAAAGCAGACGAGCCUCUGUAGAUAUCUUCUUAAAGGCUGCUGGGUAUCUGGAUUGUGCUGUCAAACAUGUUCUUCCACAGUUACCAGCAGAACUCAGGAGGACUUUACCCGUGGACCUAGCAGAAGGAGUUCUUCGAGCACUCAGUCUACAAGCAUUAGGACAGGGUGUAGACAUACAACUUGGAAUGGCAAUUGAUAGUACGAAAGCCACUCUUGCAGUGAAGCGUAGGCUUGCAUGUGAGAUGGUGAAAUGUUGGCAACAGGCUCAAGAUAACAUUAUGAAUCUUCCAUUAACAAAUGGUUGGGGUGAAAAACAUUGCCUUUUUGUGAAAUGGAAAUAUGUUGAAGCAAAGGCUGCAGCAUAUUAUUAUCAUGGUUUGAUUCUUGAUGAGGGAAAUACAGAAAAAUCUCAUGGGAUGGCUGUAGCUGCUUUGCAAGCAGCAGAUGAGUAUUUCAAAGAAAGUAAGAAGUUGUGUGAGGCAUUCAACGCAUCGCCUCCAUUGUCAAGAAAUCCACCCCCUUGGGGGACCAUGAAGUAUCUCUCUGAAAAAAUUCCCAAGGAUACUUCAAGCAAGGUGCGAAUUAACCGUGAUCUGUACUCUUAUGAGAGGAUCAUGGAGACAGCACCAACAUUGCCUGAUUUUUCCUUGGCCUUGAAACCAGAUGAGUAUCAACUUCCUCAAGUGGAUUCCUCUUGGAGAACAGAGAACAUAAAAGUGGGACAAAAUGAUCCUAACCAUCUCAAGGGUGACAAGUGAUAAAAUACAAUGAAUUUGCAGACCUCAAAGAAAUGUUGGUCUUGCAGAAAGAUGUUAGUCAAAGGGUGUUUUCUUCCAAUUUCUUGUUAAUAGAAAAAACAAAUUUGUUUAUUUGAAUACUUUUCUACCUUCCGCAUUUUUUUUUACUUUAUAUAUUAAUUUCCUCCUUUCCUCUAUAUUAUUUGAAAGAUGCCCUGUAAAUAGAGGUUCAAUGUAAAUUGUCCUCUGAGGGAAAAGAAAGGGUCUCCUUGCCAAUACCUGAAUAAUUACACUGCUAUUUCUUUGUAAAUGCAGUCACAUACAUCACCCAUUUUUAAACCAAGUUUGUGUAA